GGCUGCAACUCCAGUUCAUAAACACACCAAAUGACAGAUGAACUUGAAGUUAUAGUUCGUGUGUCGUUUACUUACAUUUCAUUUUAAUAAAUGAAUACUAAGUUUGCUUACUUGUUAAAAAACAAUUAUUAUUAAAUACUUCAGUAGUUCUUGAAGUCCAAGUGAUAGUUGAGUGCUGAUAACAACAGUUCAACUUAAUAUUACAUUUUUAGAGGUUAAGAUGGCCGAUCGUUUGACACAAUUACAAGAUACCAUAAAUCAACAAGCUGAUUAUUUUUGCAAUAGUGUUGGAAUUCUGCAACAAUAUGCAUCUCCAAGCAAAUUUCCUGGAUUUGAUAGAAUUGGUACUCCACAGCAACAAAAUCAAUCACAAGAAGAUUACGCUGCACUUUUUGCCACAUUAAUAACAAGAUGUGCAAAAGAUAUUGACACCCUUAUUGAUAGUUUACCUAAUGAAGAGUCAUCUGUAGAGUUGCAAGUUGCUAGUCUUACUAAAUUAGAACAGGAAAAUCAAGAGGCUGCUGAUCAACUUGAAGAAGUUGUAGCACAAGGUGAAGCUCUGCUUCAAAGGAUUCAAGCAGCAUUGCAGGAUAUUGCACAAAGCCAACUUGACAUGCAAAAUCCAACUGCAAAAACAGUUAUUAGUUCCUGUCAGCCUCUUAGUACUAACAGUAUUACAAAUAGUGUUAAUGUUAAAUUAGAAACUCAAAAUAGUAUAAAUAUUAAAAAUCUACAAUCGACAGAUGUUUUGUCUAGUGCGAUGCAGAUUUCUUAAUUUAAAUUUCUCAUGAGUUGAAGACUUUUAUAAUUGAAUUUUUUACUUAGCUGUAUAAAUAUUAAGUUUAG